AUGCAGAGUUGGUUUUCAAGCAGUGGAGAAGAUCAACAAGAGAAACCCUCAUCUUCUUUGUUGGCUGAUUGGAACUCAUAUGCAGCAACAACUGAUGCAAAUGAAUCCACUAUUGGAUUAGGCUCCAUCGGCAGCUUUGAUCUUGAAGCUGCUGUUCGCUCUGCUAAUGACACUGUUUCUGGCACCUUCAAUGUGGUUUCUGGGAACUUCCAGUCUGCCACCAGUAGCAUUCCUUCAGGAAAAGCUCUUGUGUAUUUUGGUUUAUUUCUAGCAACCGGGGUGUUCUUUGUUUUCAUUUCAUUUUCCCUGUUCCUUCCUGUCAUAGUACUCCUGCCCCAGAAGUUUGCUAUCUGUUUUACACUAGGUUGUUGCUUUAUUAUUGGGUCAUUCUUUGCACUCAAGGGUCCCAAGAAUCAACUUGCUCACAUGACAUCAAAAGAGAGGCUUCCAUUUACGUUGGGAUUCAUAGGCAGUAUGGUGGGUACCCUAUAUGUAUCCAUGGUGCUUCACAGCUAUGUUCUCUCUGUACUCUUCUCCGUGAUACAGGUUCUUGCCCUUGUAUACUAUGCGGUUUCAUACUUCCCUGGUGGAUCUACUGGGCUGAAAUUCCUCUCGUCUUCCCUCACCUCAUCAGUGAUGAGACUUUUUGGGAGGUGA